GAUCUGGAGGCAGAGACUGGCUACAGCGAACAUACUCUGCUCGUAGUUGCUCUUCGUGCAGAGCUUUUCAAGACCGCAAAGCACCUGGGUUCACGGCAUCAAGAUCUCCUGAAUCCACUCCCUAUUCCAACUAUUGCACUUCUAUUCACCAUUAUCGCAUAUUUGCUGGACACAUGGCAGAUGGGCAAGUUCAAUGCCAGUCUCCAGUUCACAGAAGACAAGUAUGCCUCUGAUACUUUGGAGAUGCAUGGGUUGUACAGAAUACACCUUGAAUUCAUUGGGAAGUGGGCAAACCUGAACACAGUUGCAUCAACAAAGGUUCGCGAAAAGCUAUUCAAACACGUUCUAUGA